AUGCAGAUGUUCUGGGGAAUUGACCUACUGACGGGCCCCCGGGGGUGCAUUACCCGUUUGGGAGUCACUUGCCCUCCCAUUAUUUGGAUGAUUAUUGCCAGACAAGACAAUUGCUUUUGUUCCAGUCCCGUCGGGAAGAGGGAUCAUGAAUGGGGCUAUCUCUCCAUUUUGGGGGACCAGUGUCCAUCACCUGGAUCAGGAAGACGGAACGGAAUUAGGGAGAUGGGGACCCUUCCAUUGCCAGUAGAAUAUCACGCCGAAUCCUCCGUAAUCCGGAGGGAAAUCAAGGUUCAGUCCCUUCCUGGCAAAGAGUGGGCGUAUUCCGAUGGGAACUCGGAUGUCGAACCAGCGGGUGUGUGGGCUGGGCUGGGCUCCGUCGUGCCAGACCCAAACAUCAAAUUGGGCUCCGUCGUAUCGAGGGUGGAGACUUUUGGACCCUCUUCGUUUUUUCAUGGGGAUCCAUCGGCCAGGAAGACUUCGGUUGGAACGUCAUCUGGGCUUAACGAGCAGAAAAAGAAGGUUCCUGGCCUCGGCAGUCGGUCUCCGUUGGCCGAUACGCCUUGCGCCCUAGGCAAAUGUUCGGCCACUUCUCGGACAAAGGUUGAAGUAGACCAAAGUAAAUAA